AUGGUUGCGGUUGCGGCAGCCAUGCAUGGCCGUCGUCUCCUCCUCCUCCCCGCUGCGCUCCUGCACCUGCACCUGCACCUGCUGCUGGUGCCACUGCCACCAGCAGUGCAGGCGCGUGUGACGGCCCUGAUCGUGUUCGGCGACUCCACGGUCGACGCCGGCAACAACAACGCCAUCCCGACGGCGGUGCGGAGCAACUUCCCGCCGUAUGGGCGGGACUUCCCGUUCCCCGAGGGGCGCGCCACGGGGCGGUUCAGCAACGGCCGCGUGGCCACCGACUUCUACUCGGAGGCCCUCGGGCUCGGGCGCGCCUUCGUGCCGGCCUACCUUGAUCCGGCCUACGGCAUCCGGGACAUGGCGAUCGGUGUUUGCUUCGCCUCCGCCGGCUCCGGGCUUGAUGUUGCCACCUCACGUGUCUUUAGAGUGAUCCCCCUGUGGAAGCAACUGGACAUGUUCCGGGAGUACAAGUCCCGGCUGGCUGAUCACUUGGGCGACGCCGAGGCACACGCCGUGGUGGCCGGCGCCGUGUACGCCGUCAGCAUCGGCACCAACGACUUCAUCGAGAACUACUUCGCGCUGACGACGACGCGGUCCCUCGAGUUCACGCUGGCCGAGUACACGGACUACCUCGUGGGCCUGGCCCGGGGCUUCCUGGCGGAGCUCUACGGCCUGGGCGCCCGCAAGCGCGCCCGCGCCCUCGGCCACCGCUGCGCCGAGGAGUACAACGCCGCGGCGCGCGCCUUCAACGCGGCGCUCGUGGACAUGGUGAGCGAGCUGGGCGGCGAGCUGCCGGGCGCCGAGAUCCGGGUGGCGGAGGUCUACGACUUCUUCGAGGACAUGGUGCGCGACCCGGGGAGGCACGGCUUCGCGCGCGCCGACGUCGGGUGCUGUGGGACGGGCACCUACGAGAUGGGGUACGCGUGCGGCGCGUGGGCAGCGGCGCCGGCGGGGACAGGGACGUGCCCGGACGCCGACCGCUACGUGUUCUGGGACGCCGUGCACCCCACGGAGCGCGCCAGCCGCCUCGUCGCCGACCAUCUCAUCAACACCACCUUCGGCCGCUUCGUCUGA